UGCGCCGUUCUCGGGCUGUCAUCAUUAUUUAAAUUCGGCUUUUCCUUUCACAAAGUCGGCGAUCAUGGCGGUAUCUGCUCCUCAGAAACGGUUUUACCGGCAGCGUGCUCACUCCAAUCCUAUGGCGGAUCAUGUCUUCGAUUACCCUGUAAAGCCUGAAGUGAUGGACUGGUCCCAGCACUACCCUGAAUAUUUCAAACCACGCUCAGAAAAUUACCAUCACGAUGAUGAGAAAGAUCUCAUUGAUGAAAAGAAAUUGAAGUUCCAGGUGGAGUUUGCAGAUAUAGGCUGUGGAUAUGGAGGUUUACUAGUUGAGUUAUCUGAUCUAUUUCCCAAUUCAUUGAUUCUGGGUCUCGAAAUCCGAGUGAAGGUAUCUGACUAUGUCAUUGAUCGCAUCAAAUCGCUAAGAGCUUCCAAUCCCGGAAAGUACCAGAAUAUCGCGUGCAUUAGAAGCAAUGCCAUGAAGUAUUUACCAAACUUCUUCAAAAAAGGGCAGCUAAGUAAGAUGUUUUUCCUCUUUCCGGAUCCACAUUUUAAAAAGACAAAACACAAAUGGAGAAUAAUUAGCUCUACAUUGCUGGCUGAAUAUGCUCAUGUACUGCGUGUCGGGGGUUUGGUCUACACAAUUACUGAUGUGCAGGAAGUACAUGAGUGGAUGGUCAAACACUUCACAGAACACCCAUUGUUUGAAUACGUUCAACUAGAGAAACUGAAAGAUGACAUCAUCAUUGAUCGCCUUGGUGUCUGCACAGAAGAAGGUAAAAAAGUAUUAAGGAAUGGAGGACAGAAUUUUACUGCGGUAUUUCAACGAGUUGAGGAUAAAAACCAGAAGCUGAAAAUUGAAGAGCAAAAGUCCUGAGAGGAACUCUCAUUUGAUUUCACAGAGGCAAGUGACAAAGCAGUAAGCACACGUCAGUUGGAACGCACAAGACCCACUCUGGUAGCUACAACUGGAGAAACUGCAUUGAAGGUGGGAUGGCCCACCUAAAUGAACUGAAAAUAACCUUAAUGGCAGUCUUCAAAUACAAGUGUUGACAACUGUACAUUCUUGCAUGAAUGUUACAUAUCAACAGUAUAAGUGAAGGGUUUGAACAUUGGUUACCUAGAGGCAAUUUACAGACGUUUAGUUUUAUGGUUGUAAAAUAUUUAUCAAUGCUAUAUUCCUUAUUUCACGCUCUAAAAAUCAAUGUAAAAGAUUCUACUGAAAUAUGUACAUCAGAAGUCUUCACUGUCACUGAUUUGUUUGUUUAGUCUUGCUGCAGUUGAGAAUUGUAUCACCUUUAAGAUGCAUGCUUGAACUUAAAGCUUCUUAAACAGCUACCUAUAUUACAGCAGUAAUGACAUUUCCCAAAACCCAAUUAAUUAUUUUCUGGUUUCCUGAGGCUGUGAAAGGCAGUAUACAAAUACAAUUCUGUCUGCCUGUCUUUACAUCAGAGGAUUUAUCAAGCAGGCUCAAUGCCAUAUUAAUAAUAGCUACUUUUGCUUCCUUUAGUACCUUGAGUGUCAUCUUAUCUCCAUUGAUAGCACUCCCCUCUGAGUCACAGGAUUGUGAGUUUGAAUCUGACUCAUAAUAUAAGGACUGCUGCACUGUUGGAAGUCUCCUCACCGAUGAAAUAAUUAUCUUCUAUCUUUGAAAUUAAUUAUCAUCCAUUCAGAAAAUUCUCCCAGUGUACUGGUCAAUAUUCAUCUCGCAACAAUGUUCUCAAAAGUGUCUUAUUGUGAAUAAUUUCACUCCUGCAAAUCAUUACCGUACAAAAAUAACUACAUUUCAAAGUUAACAAUCACAUAACACCAGGUUAUAGUCUUACAGGUUUAUUUUGAAGUAUUAGCUUUCGGAGC